UCUGAGAUAUAAAUCAUAGAAGAUAUCGUUUGGGAGGGAGGAAAUUUUGCAAAUAUCGCCAGAGGGGAGGAAAGAGAAGCUUGGCAUUGGGGAAGUUGACUCGUGUCAAAGGGUGGUUGUGUACGGUGUCCAACACUUACCCAACACCCUCUCAUUCUUUGCAGCCGCAGCCUCUGCAGCUCUAUGUGUGGGUGGUGUGUGUUGUGUGUGACAUUGCUUCUUAAACGUUAAAGUUAAAGCACCAGCCCCCAAGCUCCACUUUUUCAGAGGGAGAUAAGAGAGGGAAGCACCGCUGGGCGCUGGUGUUGUGAACACAGUCGUGUUGAGAGCUUUUCUGGGUCAUCCUUUAUUUUCGUUUUUUUCUUUUUUCUUUUUGGUUUUUGAGAGUGUCGGUAGCGGUGGGGUGGAUGCAGAGGCUGUUUUUGUAUCUGGGGUUCUCUGUCUGUGGUAUUCUGGGUUGGAGCUUUUGUGGGUUUCUCUUCAUUUCAGCCGUUGCAUUCUCGUCUGGGAGAGACAGGGAGAGAUGGGUAGUGGUGGAGAUGGUGAGAGGAUGAGGGUUGAUCUCGAGGGAGAUGGGUUGCAGAGUAGAAACAUCCAAGAUGAAAAUGAUGAUCUGUAUACUGAACUAUGGCUUGGAUGUGCUGGGCCUCUUGUCAACAUUCUGCGUGCCGGCCAGAAGGUUGUCUACUUCCCUCAAGGCCACAUAGAACAGGUUGAGGCCUAUACAAACCAGGAUGGCCAAAUGGAAAUGCCAAUCUACAAUUUACCUUCUAAGAUUUUCUGCAAAGUUGUUUACGUUCAGCUAAAGGCUGAAGCUUGUACAGAUGAGGUGUUUGCGCAAGUUACUUUGCUUCCAGAGGCAAAGCAAGAGUGGCGAAGUCCAGAUCAUGGAAAUUCUCAGUUUUUCCCUCGAAGAACUCAUUCAUACUCCUUUAGCAAGACUCUCACUCCGUCUGAUACAAACACACAUGGUGGGUUCUCUGUUCCGAAGCGACAUGCUGAUGAAUGUCUUCCACCUCUGGACAUGACCCAGCAACCCCCAGUACAGGAACUGAUUGCAAAGGACUUGCAUGGGACUGAAUGGCGCUUUCGCCAUAUAUUUCGAGGUCAGCCAAAGCGGCACUUGCUUACUAGUGGUUGGAGUCAAUUUGUGACAUCAAAGAAGCUUGUUGCUGGAGAUGCCUGCAUUUUCCUUAGGGGAGCAAAUGGUGAACUUCGUGUUGGGGUCCGGAGAGCUACAAGAUUACAAAACAAUGUAUCAGCAUCAGUACUAUCCGGCCACAGCAUGCAACAUGGCAUACUUGCAAGUGCCUUCCAUGCCAUUUCUACGGGAACCAUGUUUACUGUAUAUUUCCGUCCUUGGACUAGUCCUGAAUUUAUUAUUCCUUAUGACCAAUACAUAAAAUCUGCUGAAAACAAUUACUCAGUUGGAACAAGAUUCAGAAUGCUGUUUGAAGGUGAAGAAUGUUCACAACAAAGAUGUGCAGGUACUAUAGUUGGCAUUGAAGAUGUUGAUGCCAUUAGGUGGCCCAAUUCAGAAUGGAGACGUUUCAAGGUGCAAUGGGAUACAUCAGAUAUGACUCCACGUCCUGAAAGGGUGGCUGCAUGGAACAUCGAGCCAAUAGAAUUCAUUAAGAAGAAGCAUACUUCUAUUCUACCCCAACUAAAGAGGGCACGCCCAACUGAUCCACUGUGUCCUGCUAUUCCUAUAUUGGUUGGGGAUGGGGUCUUGCAAGGUCAAGAAAACGACGAUAUAGGUGCUCACAAGCCAGAUACAUCAAAACUGUCAUCAUUGCUGGUUGUUCCUCCACCAAAUUCCGAUUGGGGUCCUCAGCACUUCCCAAUGCAUGACCCAUUCUAUCAAUGUCCUGGCAAAACAAUAUUGUUCCAGGGUGAAAACCCUCUGAGUUCGGGGAUUGCUAAUGGCUGCUCCCUAACAUUUACCUAUUGUGGAGCCUGUGAUAAUGUUGGAGGGAGCACAAACUUGUCUUUUGCAAAUCUUGACUCCAGCAAUUGUGAGUUCCAGGAUUGGAGGGCUCUAGAGCCGAAGGGCAAUGAAACUUCAUUUGCCCAACAGAACCGCAUUGACAAAUACAAGCUUUUUGGUGUAAAUUUAAUUAAUAGUCCAGCGGAGCUCCCUUCACCACAAGUUGCCAGUUCCAGUGAGCUGCAAAGUCCUUGUUCCAUUCCUCCAACAUCUCAGUCAAGCAUUUCUGAAUCUAUCCAAGCUUCAGAGCCAUCUAAGAGUGUUUCUGGCGACCUCUCAGACAAACAGUGCAAGAACUGUUGCUCGGUCAUGGUCAGGAGCUGCACAAAGGUACUCAAGUAUGGAACUGCCCUUGGAAGAUCAAUUGAUCUUGCACGCUUUGACGGGUAUGAUGAGCUCAUUGUCGAGCUCGACCAGAUGUUUGAUUUCGGAGGAAGUUUGAUGGAUGGCAGCUGCAGGUGGCAUGUAACAUACACAGAUGAUGAGGGCGACAUGAUGCUGCUCGGAGAUUACCCAUGGCAGGAAUUCCGGUCUAUGGUGCAGAGGAUCUUCGUAUGUCCAAAGGAAGAGACUGAGAGACUGAAUUCAGCUACACCCUCAUGAUCACUGCUUUCUGCUUUCAUCUUCUGUUUCAUAUAUUUUUUUCUUUUACAUACAAUAUGCGUGUUCUUGUUUGAGUUUGUGCUUUCUUUGUUGAGAGCUUGAACAGCUAUGUUGUUGUGUUUCUUCUUUGUAAAAGAUGCUGGUGCCAUAUAUAAGAUGCAAAUGUCUACGAUUUGCUAACAGCAAAUUUCUAAAUUA